GACGACGAGUAUCUUAAAACUAUUAAUAAGGGAGUUAUAAGCCUACUAAAGGACUUUAUUACUAUAUACCGCGUAUAUAAGUCUAUAUAUAGCCUACCUAGUAAGACUAAGAAGGAUAAGAGUAAAAGGGUUGUUAAUAAUUAUAUCCGAACCCUCUUCCGCGUCCCCGUCUUAAUACGAUAUAGGCGAAAUAGCACUAUUAUCUUACCGAAUCGGGGUAGUGUCUUUAGUUUAGAGAUAAAGGAUUUGUUCUAUAGAUAUAAGCUAAAUUUAACCUACUAUAUUUAG